AUGAAGGCCUAUGCUAAUGUCAUAGUGCUGCCAUGGAUGCAAGCAACUGUACUGGUAACUGCUGCUUCCAUGAUAGGAGCUGGAAUAUGGGGCGCUGUCAGCCUGCGCCAAGAAUUCAGCCCCAUCUGGUUUCUCCCUCGCACAUCGUAUCUGUACCACUGGUUCCAGGCCAUGGACAGGCACUUUCCAAGGGAUGGGGAACUUGGCACUGUCUAUUUCUCCAAUGUAAGUUUACCUAGGGAACUCCCUGCACUUCGCGAUCUUGCAGCUGACCUGCGCACCUCAUCGUACAUUACGCGUGUUGAUGCUUGGUACAGUGUACUAGAUGUCUAUCUCAUGGAAAGUGUUGAUUACUACAAUGUUACACUGACUGAGGAAGUUUUACACGAUGCACUUGGAAUAUUUCUUCAGUCUAAAAGUGGUGCACAGUUUAAUAACAACUUCCUGUUUGAAGAUGAGCUGACUUGUGAGGAUCCUGCACCACCUUUCUCUAUCUUCAAAAUUAACUUUCAGUAUGGAAGGUUAGAAAAUCGAGCCGACCAGCAAGCUGCCAUGAAUCAAGUGAGAGAGAUCGUAUCCUCGGCUAAUAUCUCAGGAUAUCAUGCAGUGUGGGCUCACGUGUACAGCCAGUGGGAAACAGACGCUGCUGUUGGAUCAGAGUUGUGGCGGAACCUGGGUUUGGUUGCCUGCGUGGUAGGGAUAAUGACUCUCCUACUGCUGGCAGCCCCAAGAGCAGCAUUCUUGGUAUUCCUGUGUGUUCUGGCGACUUUGACUGAGGUGGCGGCGCUUAUGCACGUAUGGGGCCUCACCAUAGAUACCGUCACCUGUAUAGCAUUAGUACUUGCCAUAGGCUUGUGUGUGGAUUAUGCUGCACAUGUUGCACAUGCUUUCUUAGUGGUGACUGGGAGCAGGCGUGAACGUGUGCAAGCAGCAGUAGAAGGCGUUGGACCUGCAGUGUUGCACGGAGGCUUCUCAACACUGUUAGCCUUUGUCAUGUUAUGCCCUUCUGACUCCCACCUCUUUAUCUCUUUCUUUAAAAUAUUCAUUGGUGUUGCUAUUUUUGGACUUUUUCACGGCCUUGUCCUCAUGCCAGUCCUGCUGGCCCUCAUAGGGCCGGAACCCUACCCCGAUUACAAUAGUCCAAGCCCACCGCUGACUGCCGUGCACGUGGUCACUUCACCAAAAACAUGUCAUGCGAAGCAAUCUGCUCAAGAGGAACACGCCUUCCAAACUAAUAUAAGUAACGGAGAAGAAAAUGGAGUAAUACUGAAAACAGAUAAGGGGAACAGUACUCUCUCUACCUCUCAGCCAGAUCCCAUUUCCCUGCAGAGUCACCGCGGUACCCACCCUAAGGUUAUACAUGGCAUCGCAAUUGAAGAUGCUAUCUCUUCCCCGAAGAUGCAAGAUGAAAAUAACGCCAUUAAUUUUUUGGUAAGACACUCUCAUCGUCGUUCAAGUGCGAGAAAUAGCAGUCAUUCCAAAGACAAAGAUGUAACAGAGCAUGAAAGAGAUAAUUAUGGCUUUGAGCCGGAUACCUAG